AAUACUUGGUUUGGGAAUUUUGUUAUUGUUGCUGUUCGUUAGUCCCAGCCGAACAUUCACAAUCAGUUACUGAAAAUUUGCGUUAAUACUUUUGUACUUUGAACCCUCGGACCUUUCGUCAUUUUCGGUAUUUAUCAGCUUAACGCGUAGCUUUUACCCUGAAAGAAGACGGAUUCAGUGCUUUUUGUGCAACAGUAUCGAGAAAUAGAUAAACGUGACGUUUGUUUUUCACUUCAACGCACAGUGACAUAAUAUAUACGAGAGCAACAAGUUAAGCACGCAAGCAAGACAAUAGUAAAAUGUCUGAAAAUGUAAGCCCAAUCAAGUAUUUCCUCUCCGGUGGCUUCGGUGGUAUCUGCACGGUUCUGACGGGACACCCUCUGGACACGAUAAAAGUCCGUUUGCAAACCAUGCCCUUGCCUGCUGCUGGACAAGCUCCUCUGUAUGCAGGAACAGUAGACUGCGCCAGGAAAACAAUUCAACGCGAAGGAUUCCGGGGGUUGUACAAAGGUAUGUCCGCCCCAAUCGCCGGGGUGGCACCUAUUUUCGCAAUGAGCUUCUUCGGUUUUGGGUUAGGUAAACGUCUGCAACAGAAAACCCCAGACGAAGAAUUAAGUAACACGAGGCUGUUUGCCGCGGGAGCUUUUUCUGGGGUAUUCACUACAACUGUGAUGGCGCCGGGAGAACGCAUCAAGUGCCUUUUGCAAAUUCAACAGGGUGGAAAUGUCCCACAAAAAUACAAUGGCAUGGUGGACUGCGCGAAGCAACUCUAUGCCGAGGGAGGAAUUCGCAGUAUUUACAAGGGAGCGUUUGCCACUUUACUCAGAGACGUUCCUGCGUCGGGAAUGUACUUUCUGACGUAUGAGUAUGUAAAAAAGGCAUUGGCCCCGAAGGAAAACGAGAAAAGAGACGCAAGCAUCACCCUGCUAGUAACCAUAUUUGCAGGUGGAAUGGCUGGAAUUGCUAACUGGGCUAUUGGAAUGCCGGCCGACGUGCUCAAGUCCCGGUUGCAGACGGCCCCAGAAGGAACGUACAAAAAUGGUAUCAGAGAUGUAUUUAGGGAAUUAAUGAAAAACGAGGGUCCAUUGGCAUUGUAUAAAGGUGUGACGCCGGUUAUGCUGCGAGCUUUCCCAGCCAAUGCAGCUUGCUUUAUCGGUUUUGAAGUGUUCAUGAAUUUCCUAAAUUUUGUUGCCCCUAACUUUUAGGGAUUAGAUAACAGAUUUUGUUUAUUUCUUGUUAUAUCUAAGGUUGAUAGUUUUUUUUUGAAAUGUGAGGCAGGGUAACGGUCUAAUAGACUAGCAAUCAAGAAGUGGAAGAAGUCUGAAAGUCUCCCUUGUGCAAAGUUGGAAACUAAUCCCUAUUCCGAUAGAAGUAAUUGAAAUACACAAUUUUAUAGAAACUUAA